AGACCAGGCAGUGGGGGUAGGGAGCUCUCAUAUAAAGCCCUCUAUGAUGAAAUGCCUUAAAAACAGACAGAAACACAAGAUCUCACAGCCCACUCCACCUUCUUCUGCCCCUGGGGACUAAAAGAAAACAAGGACGAAGCUCCACAAGUCCUUCUAAGAAGAUGCAUUUGCUCCUGCUCCUGUUGGCCUUCUUUCUGCCUCCCAAGGCACAGGCAGGGGAGAUCAUCGGGGGACAUGAAUCCAAGCCCCACUCCCGCCCCUACAUGGCCUAUCUUCAGUAUGUUGCUCAGGGUGAAUGGAAGAUAUGUGGUGGCUUCCUGAUAAGAGAAGACUUUGUGCUGACGGCCGCUCACUGCUUAGGAUGUCACACCUCUGAUGGACUCACUUUCCUGGUAGAAAAUGAGCUACUGGCCAAAGUGAAGCCUGGGAAGGUGUGCCUUGUGGCUGGCUGGGGGAGACUGGCCCCAAAUGGCAAAUACCCCAACACACUGCAGGAGGUGGAACUGACAUUGCAGGAGGACCAGGUGUGCAAGAACCACUUCCGCAUUUACAAUAGCAACAUAGAGAUAUGUGCGGGGGAUCCAAAGAAAAACAAAGAUCCCUUUCAGGGGGACUCCGGAGGCCCUCUUGUGUGUAACCAUGUGGCCCAAGGAAUUGUCUCUUAUACAUAUAAUAAUGGGACACCUCCAAGCGUCUACACCAAAGUCUCCAGAUUCCUACAGUGGAUAAAGGAAACCAUGAAAAGCCACCAACUGCAGGAGACAGACUAACUCUGUAACUAACUUCCUUUCCCAGAACUGAUUCUAGAAUCACCCUGGAGGAGGUGCCCACAACUGAAUAAAUGUCCCUUAGCAAUGUG